CGCACACUGUAGCUUCGGUUCGGACUACUAGACCUGGGGCACGACUGACUGCGUGGUGGGGUCUAGGCCACGAGUAACGGUGGCUCAGCAUUGCGAUAGGAAAACUCGCGAAUCAUAUCACACACACGCGUCCCAGUGGGCGAGCAGCUAGGACUUCAAUUCUGGAUCUCUCAGUUAUUCAAUCAAACCGCUGCUGUGCUGUUUUUGUGUUUCCUAUUAGAUUUCUGAUAGUUUUUCCACGUAGGUAGCGAGCAAUGGUUUGUGUAAUCCAGUGAACCGAUCCCGAUUGAUGAUUGCACGCGACCUAGACUGAAGAUCUAGUGCGGUGACGGUGCGUUAAUGGAAGGAACGGAUUUUUUCAUCGGUUAUCAGUUGUGGAGGUGGAUACCAUUUUUCUGACCUAGUGCUCCGCAAAAGUAGUGUGUCAUUCCCGUAAUGCGAGAGGUUGAUGGAUUGUGAGCAUGAAAAACGGAAAACUCAGCUGGAAAAUUGGUGUGUGCGAAUGAGCCAGCAUUUAUGCUAUCUGCUGCUGUGUGUUGGGACUAGCUUCGCAGUGAACGGUGACCGCAGGGGAUAAGACUUCACAAUAGGACCUCCGGUGGAUUUUCCUGAACACAAGUCAUCAUCGUCAUCCGAAGCCAGUGAAUGAAUUGAGGUGCAGUGCAGUGAAAGAAGCAGCAAUAAAAGAGCCGGGGAGUUUUCAACAAUAGCUCCACCGUGGUGUACUCAGACGGAUUACAAGUGGAAAUAACCCUUCGCCGAAGGCGCACUAUAACUAUUUAGGCAGUGUCUAUCCUUAACGUACGUAUGAUACCGAAAACAACCCUACAAGUAGUGGAUAUAGUGAAUAUGUAAAGCUUGAUGCUAGUAGUGUUUACCAUCCUCCAGUUCAGCAAGGAAGGAGGAUAUAUCUAACAACAAUACCCGUCUCAUCAACUGUGUUUAGUAGCAGUGGCGACCCCUCUUCGCCAUCCAACGCCCGCCCUAUUCUCGUUAACUGGUGUAAUCGUCUAUUUUAAAAAGCAAAGCAAAAAAAAAGAAGAAAAGUGUCGUCGGUGUCUAUUGUUGUCAUUGUUGUUGAAGCUGCUGCUGCUGUUGUUGUUAAGCUGUUAGUGCAUCGUAUAAAAAGAGGAAAAUAUUCAAACCAAGCUAACAAGUGUGUAUCUAUAAAAGCUUGCCUAUAGUCUCCGUAUCCGUGUCAGAAGAAUACCGUUGAAAAAAUAUCGUGAAAUAACAACGCCAUAAGUGUUUCGCUGAAGCUGAUAACUACUCUACUAUAUAGGCGUAUCGCGUAGUGCAUCUGUGUCCUGAAAACUGUUACGUCUAUAAGAAAAAAAAAUAUAUACACAAGUGCAUAUAUAACACCCUCCAACCCUGUCUGUCUAUCUGACUACCCACUUCUCAUCCUCGCUAGGCUAGGCUAGCGAAGUGAAACAAUACGACGACCCAGAAGAAAAGGAAGUUAUUUAAAUCACAGAAAAACAACUGUCACCGUGUGUCCCCCCGAUGAUAGUGGUGAAGCGACUGGUGGUGGCAAAGGAAAAGCAAAUUGCCCGAUACUGGUGAAAAACAAAGAAAAACGAUUCACCACUAGAAGAAAAACAACAGGAAAACCGACUCGUGGCUUCCGGAUUGUGGCUUUUGUUUCUGAGAAGAAUAACAGCAGAAGAAAAACAAACCCGGAAUACACACUUCCGUGAGGCGCGCAAAUGUGAACCGUGGUGGUUUUGAAUGGAUUUUUUUUUGUCUACAAAGAAGAUACGUUCAACCGAAAUUGUAACGAUGUGAUCUAGCUUGGUGGGAGCAGUUGCGGAUUUUACGUGCAGUUGGAGAAUAAGCUGAUUGACCUCGGAUUAGAGUAAAUACCUUCCUGAUGCAAUGGAGAGCUUGCCAAUCAUCGAACAGCUGGAAUUGCUGCUACUCCACUAGAAUAUGUCAGACCAGUUCAUGGAAAUUGUUACCGUUAUCGAUUGACGUACAUGUUGUUAUUAUUUUGUGGUAGAUCAUAAAACAAACACGCAUUGAUAACGACUCAAAAAAAAAAAAAAAUAUCCAUCGAAAUAUAUUGAACAACAAAGUUGAAAAACGCUCAACUUUGAACAAGUUGCUGUGCGGUUGGCAAUUAAUAAUAAAAACCAUAAAAUAAUAACCACCAAGGGUUUGUAGAAAAAAAAAAGAAAAAAUGAAUCGUGGUUGUGCACCAAACAUCCCACAUUUCCCGAGUGAAUAACCGAGGCGAGGAUCAAUCGUAAAGCGAGAGAGUGUGGUGUGGGCUUAUUGCGGAUUUCCCACUGGAAGUGGAAGGCGAAAUAUACACGGAUUAUUUAUAAUCAGUUGCUUUGGUGGUGAUAUCGGGGCCUGGAGAAGCGGAAGCCGCUGGGAAAUUGAUAGCUCUCGCAGUGAAAGUAACGCGAAGGAUGAAAGUUGUGAAAAUGGAAUAAAAAUAAUUAAAAUUUAUGCCGAUGUUAAUGGUGAAUGGUUUAUGCGGGGCCGAUUGGUGGCGCUGCGGCAGUGCGAAGAAGAAAUAAAACCAACGUCGAAGCCAAAACCAAGUCAUUAUCGGUGCUGUAAUAUUCUUGCUGGUUCUGAGGGUGCUGCGAGCGUCUCGUUAUGUGGGAGCGUUGAAGCGGUGGUGUUCGAGGAAAAAUAAAUAACAUAGAAGGAUCUCACCGUCGCUGCUGCGUCGUAUCGGUGAAAAGGUCAGGUGGGAAAAGUGUACCUUUAAAGGUUAAAGCUGAAUCGAAAUAGGAAAGUGUAGAGCCAAUUAAUAAUGGUCAGUGAAGUGAAACACAAACGGGAAGCACAGAAGGAAUACGCAAGGAGCCAAGCAGAGGAAAAGAGGAAAUAUAGUGUCUCGUAAAUCUUGUCCAUCCGAAUGGGAGUCCAGCUCGAAGUGAAACACAUUUUCCAAUUCUAACCUUAUCUACUGUCUACGAGUGUGUUUCUGUGUGUAAGGAAGUGUAUGUGUGUUGAAUCGAAACAGCAACAACAAGAAGAAACCGACAAGGUGAUUGCAAUCUCCACCUAUCGUCCUGGUGAAUUUCCGAAGGUGACAAAGUUGUAUAGCCCAGACCCACCCCCGUAAUCGGGAGAAAACGGAACGAAAAACUUCCGAUAGGCAGCAACACCGGUAGGCAAGUCCAACACCAUCGUUGUCCACAGCGAGGGAGGCAUCCAGUGGAUAGCAGAAAGGUCAUAAAAUAAGGCAGCUAAAACAACGUCAUCGUUGACCAUCUUUCACCAAGAAACUACCAACAACCAGCCAGUCGAUCCAUCAGAGCCCAAGAACAACAUGCCACCAGCGCAGAAACGACGCCAUCCCUCCAAUCCCUGACAGACCCCACUCCUUUCCACGCAAGUGACCACACGACCGUAGCUCCUUCGCAAUGCGAUUCCCAUGCAAAGCCGAACAUUUCUUCUCUUUGGUCACCUGUCAAAAGUGACAGCAGCUUGUCAAGCUCCCUCUCUCAGAAAGAAUGUAAACCCUUCAAGUUGGCGCGCAGAAAACCACAAGGCUCCGAUACAUUGACAAGAAGACACAAAAAAAUCCAACAGGAAACGGAUACGCUUAACCGAAACACAACCACUCACACACACACAGAUAAACACAGCGAUUUUUUAGGUAAUCAUACAUGUUUGAUUUAUUUUUAUACGAAGUUAUAUUUGUACCAGAAAAGCUUUUAUUGAGUAAAUUGCGGAAAAAGAAGCGGCAACAAUCGAUACCAGUUCACCAUCGUCGUACAAAGAAAGACAAACGCGGUUAUUAUCUUUGCGUUUGAUUACGAUUGCAAACACUCACUCACACAACCACCUUUCGAAAUCGACGUGUGUCCAUGGGUGAUCCGUCAUUGUCGUUGUACGCACCAUCACCGUCGCCGCCGCCAUUGUCGUAGUCCCCCAGUCAGUUAGGAUUUGAUAGGUAAAAAGUAUUUUUCUGUUUCCGAUGGACAGUGGACGUAGAAGACCUGACGAGUUUGCGGUCGUAUUUCCGUUACUUGAUUUGAAAAAUUAAUAGGUCUCCUUGCCGCCCCCCACGCUGCCUGAAGUCGUCCAGCCACCAUAAUCAAACCAGGGGAGCAACAGAAACACGAAAGAAAAACUAAAAUAAUGAUCAGACAAUACUCAUGAAUAAGUUAGUGGGCAACUAGUUGCUUGUGUAGGUAGUGCAAUCAAAGCAGAGCGAAAAAUAAAAGGGAUAUCGAUUUAUUUAUUGAGUUAAGGAACAUUUUCACGAGGGCAUUCCAGCGGAAAUGUAUGAGACGAUUCUGUCCAGUGUAGUGCAGGGGUGUUGAUGGGUGUUUGGAUUGCGGUAGGGAUGUCCAGCGUCGAUGUGAGAGCUAUGUAGGGUGAAGUUAGGAUCGGUAGAGCUUAGCUGGCAUUGAUGAGGGUUAUUUUGUGAGGUUAACUUUUGGAACUGUUUUACUUCCGCGAGUCAAACGCUUCCGCACUUCCCGGAGCAAGAAAUUGGGAGUUAGUUCUUUUGUACACGGGUAGGGUAAGCAAUCCGUUGAUGUUAUCAUUUACAACCUAGAGCUGAGGAUUGAUGAGUUUGUUGAAACUUUUGAUAACCGAUAAGUGUUGAUUUGAUGAGUUUUGCUCGGUCCAAUUAGAAGAGGUGAUAGUUUUCGUACGAAGAGCAGAAAUAUUUUCGAUGAGAUUUUUUAAGUCCAGAGCCUGAUCAACGAGCAAGAUAUCACGAUAGCAAGUUGCCAUCCCCACAAAUACGCAGAAUAUAACUUACUGUUAUAGAGAGAACAACAAUCGAAGAUGUUUAAAUAUUGUUGUAUUUGUUACCUAUUCUAAGUCUAGGCAACGUUAAGCUACCAAUCAAAGUUUCAGAACGAGAGCAACCAAAGGAAUUUUAUAUUUGAUUUUACACGAGACAGCCCUAGGAAUUAUUGAAACGCUAUAAACAAGAAAACAGCAAGGACUUGUAGAGGCAUAAAGGGUAGAUGUUUUUCAGCCAUUUUCUAACAUUUUAUACAAAAAAAAAAGACAAUUGAAGUGCAACAAGCUACUGAGAAACAGGUAGACAGCUAAGGCAACUAAACGUAAUAAAACACACAUACAUACCAAAGUAUUUUAGGAGAUACGCGUCAAUGUUAGAUGAACCAGGUGGUAUUUUGCGCUUGACGGUGUUAAUUUUAUAGGGAGCUUUAAACGUCUGUAACUGUACUGUUAAGAGAGGCCACACUAACACUAGGAACACUGAACACACACAUCUAAUACUACACCAUUUUAUUAAAUACUGCAACAAGCCCACACGAAACGAAAGAUCUUAAUUUUAAAAUCCAAGGGAACUCCCUUACACUAGGAAAAAAUGAAAUUUAUGAGUCUUUAUUGUUGAUAAUCGGAUAACUAGAAGCACCAAACGAAAAACCAAAUCUUUUUUGAUAACUGUCUACAAGCUGUUUAGGUAUAACCAAAGAGAAAACAUGUUUCAACUUUAUGUCGCAUGUGCGUAAACCCCAAACUCCCUGUCCCGACUGUCGUAUUCUACGCGUAACCGUGGCUUGAACGUACGAAAUUGAUGUUACUUAGCGCAAAGCUGAAUUGGAAUAGAUUCUACUGGCACAAACUCUCUCUCUUCGAUCGAUCGACAACACGACACUCACACUCAUAACAGAGACACUGUAGAAGCGACACGCACAAUCGGCCGGCACCAUGUAUGCAGCAGCCGGAGGUGCCUCGUUGGCCUCCCGCCAGGCCCGCAAGAAACAAGCCGCCCAGAACACCAAGAACAAGGCCACCAACCAGCAGAUCCUCCGGGAGAAGCUCGCUGCCAAGGCGGUCACCACACCGACCAAAAGUAAACAAUUUCACCAGUUACCUGCCUCGUAUCUCCGGGCGCCCCACCAGCACCAUCGGAAGCUCAGCGCCGGCUACACGACAGUUCCCGGUUUCGAUCAGCACCAGAAAUCGUUGGUACCUAUCAGUGAACAAUCUUCUUCAUCCCAUGGAGCUCAUCCGCCUCAUACGCCCCAUCAUCACCACCAUCACCAUCAUCACCAUCCGGGUCAUCCGGGUCCAUGCUAUGCCGUUCAUGGACCAUCGGGCGGAAGUGCCGGUGCAAGUGGCACCGCCGCUGCCGCCCAUCCCCCAUUCCCAAAACCAACCGGAUUCCGCGAAUACGACAAACUGGUAAGACGUCAACAGCUAACCAAGUCCGCAACCGCCACAUUGCCACUGGUCUCACAAGCACAAGAUCUAACACCACCACAAACGCCUACCGCUACCCUCUGCUUCGCCGAUCAACAACAUCAGCGCUCCACACUUCAUCUCGCCAGCCCAAAUCCCAACACAUUCUCACAGCCCCUUCACCUACAAAUACCCACCAACGAUCCGAUCAUAAUUACACCGGCCACACCGCAGGCCACUCCACCGGGCAAGCUCAACCUACCGCUCACCUCUACAACCGCCGAUGACGCCGCCGAGGGACAACCGCUGACCCCGACUCCGGGAGCGCUGGAGCGCAAGUGCAGCGUCUACCGGAGCCGUAGUAAGCACGACCCGCUCGACGAACACCUGUUCUACAACCAAACGACAAUAAGCAGCCAGCAGCAGCAGCACGAGGCCGCAUACUACGCGCAGCAUCAGCUUCCGAACGGCGAUCAGCAGCAGCUGCAGUCCUACGUCUGCAAGUGGGACACCGAGUACUACUGCUGUGACGCCGAACACCGGCAGCUGGGCGUCUGUACCUGUGAUCACAUCGAGGUAACGUAUAGUCACUCUAAUGCAAAUGUUCCAUCCCAACCCAACCCCACUAAAGUCCGUUCGUCAGCAAUUCCCUGUGCACGCAUCCAUCAGUCCAUAAUCCCACCUUCCCAAAUGGAAAGCUUACUGUUUGUUGCCCUCAGUGUUCGAUGUUUACUAUUUUAG